UUUAAGCUCAAAAGUGGACCGUUGGGAGAGCAUUCACAGAGAGUGAAGUGACACAAACCAGAGCACCACUAUGAGAAAGAGGGAAACACAAUCUGUAGAAGCCAAUACAAACCCUAAUUCGCCAAUCAACGAUGACCAGACACCGAAGAUGUCACCCUACGAGCUUUCAAGGGAAGAGAGAAUCAAAUCAAACCGUGAGAGAAUGCAGAAGCUGGGUCUAGUGGACCUCUCUCUCAAGCUCCACUCCCUCACUGCUCCAAAACGCACCCCUAAAAAUAACCCAUCCCCAGCAAAACUGAUCUCUCCUCUGCCGGCAUCUGGGCCUGUUCGCCGUUCCUCUAGGUUGCACAAUGUGACGCCUGUUAGCUAUUCAGAAGCGGCGUUUGCAAAGAAGGAUGGAUUAUUGGAGGAAGAGGAUGUGAGACUAGAGGUUGGUUCAAAGCCAGAGGUUUACACUGAAGAGCAUGAGAAGCUGUUGGGCAACACUGAGAAGAGCUGGACGCUGUUUGUGGAUGGGUAUGGGAAGGAUGGAAAACGUAUUUAUGAUCAGGUUAAGGGAAAGACUUGUCAUCAAUGUAGGCAGAAAACUCUUGGUUAUCGUACCUAUUGCAGCAAAUGCAACAUUGUCCAAGGACAGUUUUGUGGAGAUUGUUUGUACAUGAGUAGAUAUGGGGAAAAUGUACUUGAAGCCAUGGAAAAUCCAAAUUGGAUAUGCCCUGUCUGUCGUGGAAUUUGCAACUGCAGUUUGUGCCGGCAAGCAAAAGGAUGGGCUCCCACCGGAGCUCUUUACCGGAAGAUAUCAAGCUUGGGCUACAAGUCAGUGGCGCAUUAUCUCAUUCAAACUCGACGCUUACAAAAUAAUUCAGGAAAAGAUCUAGCGACUGCCAGUCACGUUUCCGCAAAAAGGUCACUGCCCUUCUCAGAAAUGGAAAUACCCUCUGAGAGACCUCCAAUUAUCAAUGAUGAACAUAAUGGACAUUGUGAACACACAAUGCAUGAUGAGUUAAAGAUUAAGAGAGAGAAACAACUACCAAACAGUGGAAAUCUGAUCACUGAUGGUCAGACAAAGUUGUUGUUGCCCAGUGAAGUCAAGUCUGAGAAUAUGGGAUCCAUAGAGGUCGAUGAUGAGGCUAAUGAGCACCUUGGAUUUUCAGAGCGUACCUCUGAAGACAAGAAAGAAAGUGAAGCACAUUCUGAGAAUUUGGAACCUGCAGCAGCCAAGCAUGAAUUUUGCGGCCAUGCCAGAUUAUCAGAGCUGCAUGUACUUGAAGAUAAACGAGAGAUUAAGUCUACGGAUGCAAAGCGUAAUAAUUGCAAUAUUGUACUAGAAACCUCUCCCAACCUUGAAAAGAAGAGGGCAUUGGCCUGCAAACCAAACCCAGAUGGUGUUGCUGGAAGAUUGAGGCAGCGGCAUCAGAAAACCAAUGGCCAAGGUAUUAUGGAGCCAACAGGUGUCAAAGAGAAGAAUUCUGAUGGCAAGCAUUCUGUGAACAUGUUUUCUAAUAAAGAAGAGCCAAAAGAGGAGGAAUUGCUAGUUGAGGAUGACAAAUGCACCGACAGGGAUAUCGUCUUAGACAUUAGUCCAAAGCUCAAUAAGAAAACUGCACGCACUGUUGAACCAAAUCCAGACAGUAUUGGUGGAAGAUUACGGCAAAGGCGCAGAAUGGGCCAAGGCAAUGAAGAAAUCAGAGUUUAGGAGCCAACCAAAAUGAAGAUGAAUGUUUAUAUUUUGUGUCAAACGAGGCUUGAGCUUGGGAUUUUCUUUUUGGCAAAUGCACCUGAUUUUUGUCUUAGGCGUUGUUUCAGGUUGCUUUCAGCAUAUUAGCAUUCCAUUAAUGCUUUGCUUAAAUUUGGCAAAAGCUUCUUUCUAAAUAGACCUUGAAUAUUAAACAAAGUUGUACAAGUUAAAAUUUGGUAUGCUAAUUUUGAGAUCCAUUCUCCAGUUUGGAUUGUAAUAGGUAGAUGCAUGAAGAUCCAUUUAUAAUAAGUUCUUUCUAUUUA